ACACUCUUAGAGAAACACACACACACACACACACACACACAUGCCGUACACGCCAGUGGUUCAACAUGUGAGCUGCUGGGCUGAUGCUGUGAAGAUGAAGGACUCAUAGCUGCACCGCCUGAUUUGAGGAUACAAUUAUAUGUUUUUUAUUUAAACUCACAGCUGAUAUGAAACGCAUGGAUUAUGGAUGGGAUAUGGAUGUGUUGCAAAAUCCUACUUUUUGUUUGCGCUUUUGUGAAUUCGUCGUCGUCGGACGGCGAUGACUCUUCUUGCGAUGGAGCGUUUGAUAUUUAUUUCGUCUUAGACAAGUCAGGCAGUGUGUCGGGACACUGGGAUGAGAUCUAUGGAUUUGUGGAGCAGCUCACCAGCAGGUUUGUCAGUCCCAGGAUGAGAGUUUCCUACAUAGUCUUUUCAUCCAGAGCAAUUGUAAUACUGCCACUAACCGGAGACAGGUCCAAAAUAGAUGAGGGUUUGGCGAAGCUGAGCCAAAUCAGACCCGCUGGCGAAACGUUCAUGCACGAGGGUGUGAAAGCGGUGUCGGAGCAGAUGAAGGCGCAAACUUCGCCAUCGUCUACCAUCAUCAUCAUUCUGACUGACGGCAAGCUGGAGGUCUUCCCCUUUGAACUUACUGUACAGGAGGCUGACAUAGCCAGAGGGUUUGGAGCCAGAGUAUACUGCGUCGGGGUCAUGGACUUUGACCACAAACAGCUUGCUGAAAUAGCAGAUGGCACAGAGCAAGUCUUCCCAGUUUUGUCGGGGUUUCAUGCUCUCAAAGACAUCGUCAACUCGAUCCUGAGGCAGACAUGCACAGAUGUAUUCACAAUAGAGCCAUCAAGUGUUUGCGUGAAUGAAUCUUUCAGCGUGGUGCUGAGGGGCAGCGGCUUCAGCGGAUCCAAGAGGACAGACAACGUGCUCUGCAUCCUCACUGCCAAUCAGAACACAUACAAUCAGAAGCCAACAGUAGUUAGAGACGGUUAUCUGCUGUGUCCAGCUCCUGUUCUGCAUGAAGUUGGCCAAUCAAUUGAAGUGCUGGUUAGUCUGAACAAUGGACAAUCAUACAUCUCCAGUCCAAUCACCAUCCGUGCCACAACAUGUUCUGAUGGGACCUGGGUACUCUGGUUGCUGCUGGCUCUGUUGCUGUUACUGGCUCUGGUUUUGCUCUGGUGGUUCUGGCCUCUUUGCUGCACUGUGGUGAUCAGGGACCCACCCCCGUCUCGCCCCCCUCCUCCACCUCCUCCUGUCACUGAGCCAGAAGAGGAUCUCUCACCCAAACACAGGUGGCCCACAGUGGACGCGUCAUAUUAUGGAGGCAGAGGUCCUGGAGGAAUCAAACGCAUGGAGGUGCGUUGGGGGCAGAAGGGGUCCACAGAGGAAGGGUCACGGCUGGAGAAAGCCAAAAAUGCUGUUGUCACUAUGCCGGAUGAAGUGGAGGAGCCCAUCAUACCCCGACCCCCACCAAGACCUCCUCCUGUCUACAGCCCCCCAACACAAUCCAAAUGGUACACUCCCAUCAAGGGGCGCUUUGAUGCGUUGCUGGCAUUACUGAGAAGACAGUACGACAGAGUGGCAAUCAUGAGGCCAACACCUCAUGACAAGGUGAGAAAUAUGUGCAGUAUUUGAAUGUAAAAAAAAGUUGGAUGAGGGAAAACUGCUGCUUUUAGAAUUUUUAAUUUAGAAUUUAGAAUACUACUGUCCGCAGCCACCAAGUGGUGAUUAUAAUUUUGCGCCCGUUAGUUUGAUUAAAAAAUUGAUCCACCUUCUUGACUCAACAGUGAUUUGAUUAGAUAAUCACAGAAAAUAAUACAGCCCAGUUUGUCCCUCUCUUAUUAUGUACCCUAACAGCUUGCCGCAUCAACUCAGUUGUUAUAAAUAACAGACUGAAUGCCAACGCUCGCACUGGGUAUCAUCAAACACAAGCUUGAAAAGGCUCCUCUCUUUUGGGAUUGUCUUAUUCUUACAGUGUUUACUGAUCUGACUUAGAAAAUUUAUUGUCAUGAUAACUUGUAUUUAUUCUAAUUCAGAUAAAUUAACACAUAACAUGUAUCACCUCUGGUUUGUGUGUGUUGUUUUGUAUUAUAAGCUCAAAAACUGCCACUACAUUUGACUGUAAUGUCUCUUGUUGUCUACAGGGACCGCUGCAUUAACUUCACCAGAGUUCAGAGUCACUGAUGUUCAAACAUGAAGAUUCAACACUUUUCAUUUUAUUCCCAUUUUUGGAAGAUGCCUGAGAUGUACACUCUUCAGAGAUGCAAUGCUGAGAUUCCAUGUGUUUUGUAAAUAAACUUUUUACUUAUA